AUGCCCAACUUUGCUCCUUUCGACUCGACCUCUCCUGCCGACAGUGCAUCCCAUCCAUCCGCUCCAGAGGUCGAAUCCGCCUUGUCGUCGCCUCGAACAGCUCAACCUUUGCUGUCAACAAACACCCGUGACAGUGUACAAGAACGCCUGUUGUCACCAAAACCAUCCAGCAACGAUAUGAGUACUACGACGACUUUGUUGGAGAGCUCUCCGAUCCUCUCGGACAGUACCCCCUGGGUCGGCGGCACAGGUCUCGGGAAUGCAAACCUCGGGAAGUCUGGCCGUGUCAUCGAGAAGCUCAUGGCCGAAAACGACAGACUCAAAAGAGAGAUCAAAGCAGAAGCCGCCAAAAGAGAGGAGUUACAACGCACAGCAAAUGCACAAAAACCCCGGCUGGAAGCUCUCCAAGCCGAGAAUGCACGACUUUCGCAUUGUAAAGCAGUGGACGAGAGCGUGAUCAAGCGCCGCGACCGCAAGAUUGAAGAUCUCAAGGCCGAGCUCGAUAUUGAGCGACAGAAGAGAGAGUCCUUGGAGCACCGGGUUCAGGAAGCCGAACGCAGAAUGGGCGAGUACCAAGAGCACAGCAACAAAGAAGUCCAACAGGCCGUCGAAGAAGCCAAACACGCAACUACACACGCCUCAAUCCUCGAAACCUCGCACCGCCAGCUCUCGUCCGAAUACCGACAGCGCAUCGCAGCAGCUAACAAGCAACUACGGGAGCUGAGUGACGAUAGGGAGGAGGACAGGAAACGGCUGACCAAACUAGACGUCGUCAAUCACCAGAUGCGUCAAGAGUCAGAGAAAGCAAGAAAACUGUAUAACGAACUGCUGGCAGCGUCGGACAAGUACAGGAAAGAANNAAAAGAUUCCGAGGUCGACCUUGUCCUUGGAGAUGUCAAAGAACUCAAAGGAGGCAUCAGUCGCCGCGAGGUGAAACUCGAGAGGACGCUGGAAGAAAUGCAAGAAGUCACGAACCGCAUGAAGUGGCUCAUGAAUAUGCAGAAGGUCAACAGCGAGAAUGGCGUAAACUCGCCCCCGCCGUCACCGCCGUCUUGA